AACGAGCAGCGUGUGUGGAGGCUGCCGAUGAUUCUCUGGAAAUUUUUCUCUUCCAUUCAGACUAUUGGUCAAUGUUACCAUAUUGUGUGAGAUGGCUGAUAUGAAGCUUGCAGCGGGCGAUAUCGCCGCGAUAGUCGUCUAUUUCGCUGCUGUCUUAGGCGUCGGAUUAUAUUCUUUAUGUCGUCCAAACCGUGGAACCGUCAGCGGUUAUUUCCUAGCUGGCCGCUAUAUGAUAUGGCUACCUGUUGGCGCUUCACUGUUUGCCAGUAACAUUGGAAGUGAACAUUUCGUUGGCCUCGCUGGGUCAGGGGCUGCCUCAGGAAUCGCUGUUGGAGCAUUUGAGUUCAAUGCAUGUCUUCUCUGCCAGCUUCUGGGAUGGGUGUUCCUUCCAACUUACAUUGCCAGUGGGGUCUGCACCCUUCCAGAAUAUAUGAAAAAGAGAUUUGGGGGAGGCAGAAUUCAGAUAUAUCUAGCCUGUCUCUCCCUCAUGUUGUAUAUAUUCACCAAAAUUUCUGUGAACAUGUUUGCCGGUGCUCUGUUUAUUCAGCAAGCCCUGGGAUGGGAUAUCUAUUUCUCUAUUCUUCUUCUCCUCGCAAUGACAGCUAUAUGCACCGUCACAGGUGGUCUUGCUGCUGUGAUAUACACCGAUACCCUCCAAGCGUUUGUGAUGGUGAUUGGGGCCUCGGUCCUCGCAAUCAUGAGUUUUAUAAGAGUUGGUGGAUAUCAAGGAUUAAAAGAACAAUACCCCAAUGCCAUUGCAAACUCGACUCAAUACAGCAACUCCACUUGUGGUUAUCCAAAUCCCAAAGCCUUUCAGAUGUUACGAGACCCUUGGGAUAAAGAUAUGCCGUGGCCAGGGUUUCUGCUCGGGCAGACGCCAGCUUCUAUCUGGUAUUGGUGCGCUGACCAGUUGAUGGUGCAGAGGGCGUUGGCAGCAAAGAGUCUCUCCCAUGCUCAAGGCGGAACAAUCCUGACGGGCUUCCUGAAACUUCUCCCGCUAUUUGUGAUUGUCAUGCCGGGGAUGAUCAGUCGUGUUUUGUUCCCAGAUGAGGUUGGGUGUACAGACCCAGAUGAGUGUUUUCGUAUCUGUCAGAGCAGGUCCGGUUGUUCCAAUAUUGCCUAUCCAAAACUAGUCCUCGGUGUCAUGCCAAUUGGUCUUCGCGGUGUGAUGCUGGCUGUCAUGCUCGCUGCCCUAAUGAGUGAUCUGACCUCCAUUUUCAACAGUGCUAGUACUCUCUUUACCAUGGACAUCUACAGGAAGAUUCGGCAGAAAGCCAAGACAAAAGAGUUGAUGAUAGUUGGAAGGGCAUUUGUCGUUGUAAUGGUCAUCAUUGGUAUUGUGUGGAUUCCUGUCAUCCAAAAGUUCCAAGGGGGCCAGCUCUUCAUUUACAUCCAGGUGCUUAGUGCUCACUGGGCACCACCAAUCGCUGCUGUUUACCUCGUUGCCAUUCUGUGGAAGCGGGGAAAUGAAAAGGGUGCGUUUUCUGGGUUGAUGGUUGGUGCCAUUACAGGCCUUAUACGAAUGAUCCUCGAUUUUGUGUAUGUUGAUCCAGAGUGUGGCAUGCCAGACGAUCGGCCGUCGAUAAUCAAAAACUUCCAUUAUAUGUAUUUUGCUACAUUCUUAUUUUGGCUCUCUGGAGCUGUUAUGGUUGUGGUGAGCUAUUUAACCCAGCCACCUACUAAAGAAAUGCUUUGUCGAACAACAUUCUGGACGCGAUUUGAAAAAACGCCGGAGGAAGAAAAGGAAACUGGGGAUCAGGAAGUGAAAACUAUAUGUGAAGAUAGCGACUUGAUGGAUCCCCCCAAACACGAUGAGGAGAAUGGUGGGCCAAGAUGUGACAAAAACGGUCGGGUUAAAUCGGAUGCUGAUCUAUCCGCAUCAAAAGAUAAUAAGCAUGAGUCUCUUGAAUUAAUUGUUGUUAAAACGCCAGAGAAAAAACUGACAGUUCUUCGACGAGCAUUCAACUGGUUUUGCGGCUUUGACGACACGGAUGAAGGCCAGAAGAGAAAAAUGGAGCAGGAAGCUCAUUUGAAAGGCAUUCAAGGCCUAAAGCAGGAUAAACGUGCCAAAUGUGGACUUCAAUUGAUGCUGGCCACGAUAGUGACCAUAGCUGUGUUCCUAUACGGGUUCUUCUCAGCUCCUUCAAUGCCAGCAAGCUCUUAUUAUACACCUCCAACAAACUUUGAUAAUGCUAGUACAUAUGGACGCUGAAAAUAAACACCUCAACAAUAGUAACUUAUCACCGGAGGCGUUGGGGUUUUUUUCUUAAAGGGGUACGCUGUUCGUAAUUACUCGUGGCCCAGUUAAAUAGAAAUCCACUAAUACACAAUGCCGUAGUGCAGUUAUUAUGUGUACAAAUUUGUUUAAACUUGGUAUUCAUAAUAUUUGUUUAUCUGUCUACACAAUGACAAUGUUGAAAUUUAUAUUUAGUAUGUAUUUCCGCAAUUGGACGUUUUUAAAUUCAAUUACAAAUUCAAAAUCUUUAACGAACGGUGUAGGCCUUUAAGUUUCCCGAGCAAUGCAAUCAUUCAUUAUUUAUAUUUAGUAUAUAUUUCCGCAAUUGGGAGGUUUUUAAAUUCAAUUACAAAUUCAAAAUCUUUUACGAACGACAUAGGCCUUUAAGUUUCCCGAGCAAUGCAAUCAUUCAGGAUCUUGUUGGACUGCUUUUAUAGGCUUAAUCUGUGAAAAGGGCUUCGUCAUAUCGAAUGUUGUGCCAGAAUGAAAUUGAAAAUUAAAAAAGGACAAUUGGUGUUUUUCGGCAAUUUUUAUAUGCCGUCAUAGUUCUGUGUAUGGUAAUUUAGGGGCAUGUGCUAUUCAUUAUGAAAAUGGCUAUUUAGGAUUGGCUUUGAAAUUGUAGGGAAGAGCGAGAGAACGUGAACAUUUGGUUCAGGAUGUUGUGGAGUCUUCAGAGUGGAGUUUUUGUGGAGUUUUCAGACUCCACGCAACAUCCUUAACCACUGAAUUACAACAAUAUGUAGUACUGGCUAUUUAUGUUUGCUCAAUGCCAACGUUAUAUCAAACUAUUUGUGUAAUGUGUGGUCAAUGCCAACAUUAUAUCAAAUUGUAUGUGUAGUGUGUGGUCAGCCCCACAUUAUAUCAAACUGGUUGCAAAUGCUAUCAUUGUAUUUGUGUAAUGUUGGUCAACCCUAACAUUAUAUCAAACUGGUUACAAAUGCUAUCAUUGUAUUUGUGUAAUGUUGGUCAACCCCAUCAUUAUAUCAAACUGGUUACAAAUGCUAUCAUUGUAUUUGUGUAAUGUUGGUCAACCCUAACAUUAUAUCAAACUGGUUACAAAUGCUAUCAUUGUAUUUGUGUAAUGUUGGUCAACCCUAACAUUAUAUCAAACUGGUUACAAAUGCUAUCAUUGUAUUUGUGUAAUGUUGGUCAACCCCAACAUUAUAUCAAACUGGUUACAAAUGCUAUCAUUGUAUUUGUGUAAUGUUGGUCAACCCUAACAUUAUAUCAAACUGGUUACAAAUGCUAUCAUUGUAUUUGUGUAAUGUUGGUCAACCCCAACAUUAUAUCAAACUGGUUACAAAUGCUAUCAUGUGUGAUGUAUUGUGUUGUGCGAUACUGACAGUAUAACUGCCAAUCCCAAGAAUCAGUCUGUUGUCUUUUUCUUUUUAAGAAGAGUAUGGUUUUUGCUAUUUUAUUGGUAAUCAAACUUGAGAAGUUGUUAAAUUUGUAUUUGCUUUUUGUAAGCACUUUGUUUUCAUUCCAAUAUUAUGUUCCUAUAUCAUUAUCAUUCCUAUAUACAUUUAUUUUAUUUCAGUACAUAAUGUUACUUGUGCAAAGUUUGGGUCUUGGAGAAUCUACUUCAAGCUCAGGAGGGAGGGAUGGUGAAGGAACCAGAUUUUGUAUGGUGAACGUGGCUUUCAUAGUCAUUUUGUAGUAUUUAAUAUGAUGAUGAUAUAAUGAAGAAUAUCAAUUUGAAUAUAUCUUUAAUUUUGCAUUUAGAAGUAUACACCAAACAGAACACACCACUCAUAACCAAGAGAUUCUGGGUCCAACUGUCGACUGGGCAGCUAAACUUCGAACAGGAAUCACCAGGGUCUUUCACUCGACACGCGAUUCUUAGCUUGUGCGAUCUCAAUUGCCAGUUGCAGCUCUAUGCAAUUGAAUCAUUUUCUAGGAUCUAUUGAGAUGCAGUGCACGACCAAAUCAUUUUUAAAUUGGGUAAUGUCAUAAAUGAAAUGGUUUACUCGCUUCAGUUGCAGUUUUGUAAUAAUGUUUACAAAGAGUUUGAAGAAAUUGAGCCAGAAAUCAGAUUUAGAGUCGGGGCUUGGUUGGUCAAAACAAGUUUUGUGUCUAACCACUGGUGUUAACUUACCUUGGCCUUACCUCUUUCAGUUAAGCCUUCAGAUUUAAUGCCAAGUUAAGUAAAUGCCAGCGUUAGUAACAACACUAAGUAAAUGCCAGCAUUAGUAACAACACUUGUAUUGAACAACCAGGCCCUGGAUGUUAGUUGCUUGUGUAGAUACUGCGAACCGGGAAUGUUUACAAAGCCAAACGUUUGUGAAUUUACUCUUUUCCAUUUGCAAGGGAAUUAAUUCCAUGUUUGCUGCCAAUAUUCGAUAAUAAGUGCAAGUGUACAAUGCAAUGCUGCCAAAAUUCAAUAGUUCGUGCGAGUGUACAAUGUAAUGCUGCCAAAAUUCAAUAGUUAGUGCGAGUUUAAAGGGGGACUCUAGGCAGGAGCAGCGGGGUUGAAUUGGCCAUCUUCGGGUGACUAAUGUCCACAGUAACGGCACUGGGUCAUGUUAGAUUCAGCGCUAAUAUAUUCAUUCUACAAGUGUGAAUAGUUUUGACAUACUGUGAGAUGGGAGAGACCCCUAUUGGCGACAUUGGGUAACUUUAUCUUGCCUACCUAGCAGCUGCCUGUAGUGGCCCUUUAAAAGUGAAUUUCGCAUGACCAACACAUUAGGCGACUUUCAGAAUUUCAUCACCCACAAAAACGUAUCAUCUCAUUACCUGUUCAAAAACUCCCGUGCGGAUGAAAGAUCAGUUAGCUAGAUUUUAUCUGCUGAAAACAAUAUUCUGGAACAUUACCCAGGUUACUGUGCUCUUUUUGUUAAUACCUGUGUAUACAAUCAUAGUUAUAUGAAGAUCAUGAUCUUUUAUAUGUGUGUAGAUACAUUUUUGAUUAUCUAUUUUUGUAGCAAAGUAUAGAUAAUUAAGUUAUUGAAUGGUAAUGUUCAGUUAGGUCUUGUUGGCAUAAUGAAAUGUGCUGUAAGUCCAACUAAUGUGCGCGUUAUCUGUUUUGUGAGAUUGAACAUAUCAGUUAGAUUGACUCUUCUUUGAAUCCAAGGUUGGUCUAACCUCGAUUUGCUAAAAAAAAAGUUUCUAAAGUACUUUUACAAAAACUAACCGUGUUUUUGGCUGCGACGUGGUCUUUCCAUUCAAGAAAAGUCUGAUUUGUUAGGCGUGGCACAAUUUUGUAAAGUUAUUUAUGAGGAGGUGAUAACACUUGUACUACCACUACUGUGUAGUCUAUCAGUAUAUCAUAAUCUGGUGCUUGUUAGUUUUUGUGUUGCGGUGUGGCCUAUCAUAGUUUAUCAGUACACUGUGUCACUUAUACUUGUCAGCUGGUGCUCUGCUGUAUGGAGUAUCAGUACAUCAUGUCACUUGUACUUGACAGCUGGUGUGCUGCUGUAUGGAGUAUCAGUACAUCAUGUCACUGGUACUUGAUAGCUGGUGUGCUGCUGUAUGGAGUAUCAGUACAUCAUGUCACUUGUACUUGACAGCUGGUGUGCUGCUGUAUGGAGUAUCAGUACAUCAUGUCACUUGUACUUGUCAGCUGGUGAGCUGCUGUAUGGAGUAUCAGUACAUCAUGUCACUGGUACUUGAUAGCUGGUGUGCUGCUGUAUGGAGUAUCAGUACAUCAUGUCACUUGUACUUGUCAGCUGGUGCGCUGCUGUAUGGAGUAUCAGUACAUCAUGUCACUGGUACUUGACAGCUGGUGUGCUGCUGUAUAGAGUAUCAGUACAUCAUGUCACUUGUACUUGUCAGCUGGUGUGCUGCUGUAUGGAGUAUCAGUACAUCAUGUCACUUGUACGUGACAGCUGGUGUGCUGCUGUAUGGAGUAUCAGUACAUCAUGUCACUUGUACUUGUCAGCUGGUGAGCUGCUGUAUGGAGUAUCAGUACAUCAUGUCACUUGUACUUGUCAGCUGGUGUGCUGCUGUAUGGAGUAUCAGUACAUCAUGUCACUUGUACUUGUCAGCUGGUGUGCUGCUGUAUGGAGUAUCAGUACAUCAUGUCACUUGUACUUGUCAGCUGGUGUGCUGCUGUAUGGAGUAUCAGUACAUCAUGUCACUUGUACUUGUCAGCUGGUGCGCUGCUGUGAGGAGUAUCAGUACAUCAUGCCACUGGUACUUGACAGCUGGUGUGCUGCUGUAUGGAGUAUCAGUACAUCAUGUCACUGGUACUUGACAGCUGGUGUGCUGCUGUAUGGAGUAUCAGUACAUCAUGUCACUGGUACUUGACAGCUGGUGUGCUGCUGUAUGGAGUAUCAGUACAUCAUGUCACUUGUACUUGUCAGCUGGUGUGCUGCUGUAUGGAGUAUCAGUACAUCAUGUCACUGGUACUUGACAGCUGGUGUGCUGCUGUAUGGAGUAUCAGUACAUCAUGUCACUGGUACUUGACAGCUGGUGUGCUGCUGUGUGGAGUAUCCGUACAUCAUGUCACUUGUACUUGACAGCUGGUGUGCUGCUGUGUGGAGUAUCAGUACAUCAUGUCACUUGUACUUGUUAGCUGGUGUGCUGCUGUGUCGAAUAUUGGUAUACUGUGUCACUUGUACUUGUUAGCUGGUGCACUGGCUGUUUUUAAGAACUCACAAUUUCUACCUCUGCCACAGGAUCUUGGUGGGUUGAGAGAUUAAGAAUUCCCUAGGAUGCCACACGACAAAAUAGCCAGUUGAGAUGCAUUGAGCAACAAUGGGUUUUGUUGUAUGACGUUACUGGUAGGUGUGGAGAGACACAAGAAGAGUUUGAUUUCUUCCAAGGAGAAGUAUGUAAAUGUUUGUCACCAAAUAAUGUAGAUGAUCUCAGUAAUAAAACAUUACCUUGGUGAAAUCAAUGGUCGUCUGUCAUUUUCC